AUGGUAGACCAACCAACGAAAUCCCUUUUGGAGUACGGUAUUCCUGAUACGACUACCAGAGUCCUUUCUAGCAUCAUAAGACCACCUGUAACAGCUCAGCACUUCGAGCUCAAGCCGCAAUUCAUCCAAUUCAUCUCCAAUGAUUCAUUCGCAGGGCUACCACAUGAUUGCCCAGUAAAUCAUAUUGAUAGUUUCUUGGAGAAAUGUGAUACUAUGAAAAUGAAUGGUGUUACAGAUGAUGCUAUCAGACUUCGCCUUUUCCCUUUUUCACUACGGGAUAGGGCGAAAGAGUGGUUGAGAGAUGAAGGCACUGGCUUGUUCGAUACAUGGGACAAGCUAGUGAAGGCCUUCUUAGUGAAGUUUUUGGGACAUGAGAAGACUGCCAAGUUGAGGAACGAGCUAUCCACCUUCCGACAGUCAGAUGACGAGUCUCUCUAUGAGGCUUGGAGAAGGUUCAAGAGGUUACAGAGACAAUGCCCUCAUCACGGUAUCCCAGAGUGGCUGUUGAUUCAAACCUUCUAUAAUGGCCUAACCCAUGAGUUUCGAAUCUACAAUGAUGCUGCAUCAGGGGGUUCUCUCUUGACAAAGAACCCAACUGAGGCAAAGGAGCUGAUUGAGAAGAUGGCGGCCAAUGAUAAUUAUCAUCCAGGAGGUCGUCAAAAUGUGAAAAAAGGAGGUAAGCUUGAUGUAGAUGCUUUGACUAUGUUAGCCAGUUCUGUGCAGGCACUAACAAGCAGGUUUGAUAAGUUCCAAUCUGGAACUUCUACUAGCCCACUGGAGGUUUGUCAAAUGUGCAAUGUGCAGGGCCACAUCGCACCGGAUUGCUCGCAGAAUAUGAGUGAGAUGUCUAUUGAACAAGCCAAUGCUUUCUACUCUUCGAACCCCAAACAGCCUUUUGAUCCCUACUCCAAUUCUUACAACGAAGGUUGGAAACAACAUCCCAACUUCUCUUAUAAGAACACCCAAGGACAACAGAAUCCACCAUCACAACCAUCCCUAUCCAACAACUACAACUCACCACCCUGUUUCCAACAAAGAACACCUAUGAACCAACAACCAACGCAACUACUUUCCCAAAAAUCUAGCCUUGAGUUGAUGAUGGAGAGCUUCAUUACCACAACCAAUAGUGCCAUCCAACAACAAGGUAGCUCCAUCCAACAGUUGCAAGCCCAUAGUAAACUCAUGGAAAGCCAAAUAAGCCAACUUUCACAACAGGUGAGUCGCCUAUCAACUCUUCAAGAUCAAGCAAAGGUUCAAAAAGAACAAUGCAAUGCUGUUUUCUUGAGAAGAGAUGAAGCCUUUCCGAGGCAAAUUGUUGAGAAGGUGUGCAGUGAGGAGUCUAGGAAAGACAAAAAGGGCAAAGAUGUUCAAAGCUCCAAAUAUGUGGCUCCACCGGCUUAUGAGGAACCGAUGCCUUUCCCGCAACGGUUGUCAAAAGCCGUGCUCGAUAGACAUUUUGGCAAAUAUUGUGACGCCCUCAAGAAGGUACACGCUUCUACUCCCUAUUCUGAUCUUUUAGUUCAAAUGCCUCAAUUUGCAAAUUUUGUAAAGAAUAUUAAAGAUCAACAUGAGGAUAAGGAAGUAGCACAUAAGAAGGGCCCUACUCUCUUAUAUGAUAACCUACCACCUAAGCUGCAUGAUCCUGGUAGUUUCACUAUUCCCUGCACGAUAAACGAGAAAUUUUUCGAUAAGGUUUUGUGCUACUUAGGUGCUAGUGUUAACUUAAUGCCUUAUUCAUUGUAUGAGAAUUUAGGUUUGCAAGGACUUAAACCUUCCCCUAUUUCUCUUCAAAUGGCUGAUUGA